AUGCCAGCUGCCACGGCGGCUAAUAAAAAACUCAUUGGUGCUUUUGUUCAAACUGCGGCGGAUGCGGACGACCUUUUCCGAGCGGGUAUUCCAGUGUGGGUGAUUCGUGAGGCCAAAUGGGCAGGGAAUGACCGUGUAGAUUCGUUCCCGAACAAGUAUAUCACUUUCGGUCGAUUCGCACGAGGCUUUCUUUCAUACGGGGAUGCAUAUAACCUGCGAGCGUACGAAGCUCCCAUUCCGCAAUCGACCGGUUCAGAGCAGACCUCGUCAACCUUUAAAAUAGGUCCUAGAGUGGCCACGAGCCGCGAGAUCAGAAAAUCAAAACAGCCGUAUCCUAUACCACAGAGGCAGGAUUUCUCAGAGCCGGUUAGUGUCUACUUACCACCAUCUCAAGAAGCAUGGGCCUUGGGGCUUUGCAAAAUCAACACUGAUGCCAAGAGGUCGCUCCUGGUCUCUCGUUCUAUGGCUCAAGCCGCCACGGCAUCGUCGUCGACAAGCACCCGAACAUCUAGUAAAAGUUCUCAAAGGGGUGAGAUUCUACAAAGAAUUUUCGAAAACUUUGACUUUCAUGCAUCCGGAGUUGCAGUCAAUGGUCACAAACACCAGGUCGCGUGGCGAGGUCAAGCUCUGAUAAAGGGCCAAGAACUGGAUAUAAACCUAGUACGAGAGGUGCUCUGGGAGUUAUCAGAGCUCAACUUUUGGUUUGAUCUCAUUGCGUUGGACCAUCAUCUUUAUUGUAGGACCCUCAAGGUUGAAAGAGAAGGCCAAAUUCUCCAGUCUCGUGAAGACGAUAUUCUCCUUUGUUUCGCAGGUGGGCCCUUGGGCACAUCUCCAUUUCUCGCACACAUCGCCAAUGCGGAUAUCGGCAUUGCCGCUGGUGAUUGGAUGGUUCGUCGCGCAUACAUCAUAUACCUGCAGAAUGCCAUGCGAGACUGGGAGGGUUUUGACUCCGCGGCCAAGCAGUGCCAUGAAGUAGAUCUGUUCACCAGAUCUUCGGAUAUUUUAUCUUUUGCGGAACACCAAUAUUUGCUCUUUGAGGUUGUACUGGUCCGACUUUUUAUUCAGCUUUUCUAUGAUGCAUUUGGUCGUGCGCCCGUCAUACCACGUCGAUUACAUUGA